UCAAUUACGCACCUGUCACGCACAGGAUAAAAGCAUAACAUUUAUUAUGUCAUUGGGAGAGAAAACAGAAAUGUCUCGCACGUUUAAAUUAGCCCAAAAAUUUAAUUGUUUUUAUUUGUCAGGAUUGAAAUCAGCAGAAUGCAAACCAUUUGUUAUUGAAGGAUACCAGGUUGGUUUGGUUAGACCCGAUGUUAUGAAACAGCUUUUGAGAUAUCCAGAGGUGUUUUCCGUUUCUUCAGGAUGUGUAGAACUGAAUCCUGCUUUUAGAGACUAUGAAGAAAGAAGCAACCGUGUUGAAAAAGUUCUUAAAGAACUAAGAGCAGAAAAUGUGUUUAUAGCCUUAAAAGGCUGGAGAAAUGAAUGUUAUGAGGUCAGAACUGAUUUUAAUUCUAAAAGUUUAUUAAAAAUGGAUAGGUCAGCAACUUGUUUAUUUGGAAUUGCAAAUUAUGGAGUGGAUAUAAAUGGUUAUGUUAGGCAUCCAGCAUUAGGUCUUUGCCUUUGGUUCCAGAAACGGUCUUCUACAAAAGAAACUUGGCCAGGAAAAUGGGACAAUAUGGUAGGAGGUGGUUUAUCAGUAGGCCAUGGAAUUUUGGAAACUGCCUAUAAAGAAGCAAUGGAAGAAGCAUCUAUACCUGUAGAAUUAUUAAAAAAUGUAGUUAGUGCUGGUUGUGUUUCAUUUUAUUUCGAAUCUGAACGAGGUCUCUUUCCCAAUACAGAAUUCGUAUUUGACUUAGAACUUCCUUUGGAUUUUGUACCAGUAAAUGCCGAUGGUGAAGUAGAAACUUUUGAACUACUUACCGCUAACCAGUGCUUGGACAAAAUCAUGACUUCCGACUUUAAAACUACUAGCGCCCCCGUAGCUUUGGACUUUUUAAUUAGGCAUGGGAUUGUAACACCAGAGAAUGAUAAAGAUUUUCUGAAAGUGGUAGAACUACUUCAUGUGCCACUACAAUCUAUCUACAGUAGAUGUUUAAACUCUAUAAAUAUCAAGGAAAAUGGCAUUCAAGAGUUUAUUUGCGAUCUUUAAAUAUAAAUAUGGGGUGCACCGAUGGCAGGCUAAGGUCCACAAACCUUAAACAACUAAAUCUUUGUGUAAAUAUUUAUAUUAGGAUUUGUACUUUUUGAUAAUGAUAACUUUACAAAAAAAUCUUUGUAAAUAAAAUUUCUUAUUGUUUUUUGAAUACAAAUUCUUUUUAUCUUUAUUUUGAAACAGCAGCACUAAUUUUAUAUCACUGAAUUAUUAUGCUGAAUAUAAAAACGAUAUUUUUUUCACAUUUUAUUUAAUUAUUUGUGUAUUUGAAAUUGAACAUCACAUUAUGUACGAGUAAUCUUCAACCUAAAAGUGUCAGAGAAUAUUUAUUUCGUUUUAUUGUAAUUUCACACAUUUCCAAAAAAUAUUCACUGAAUUAAAUGAAGAAUUUAUUUGCCAUUAACAAUUUUGGAAAUUCCAACCACUAAGAGCAUUAUACCAUUGAUUAUCUGCAUAACAGUGACUAAAUCUUGUAAACUCAAAAGUGCCUUUCUGGCUAGUUGGAUAGAGCCUGGAUACCAGAUGUACCUAAUAUAGAAAUAUAUAUCUUUACAACUGGAAUAAGAAUUUUCGACCAAUUAAGACAUGUCUGUGAAACAGUACAAUACAUUUUUAGUUCUAAAAUAGUUUGACAAACCGAGACUUGUAUACAUACGAAAUUUAUGAGGCUUAAUGACUCAGCGAAUAGAGGCUGGACCCCAGAUCCACAGUAAUAAUGCUUAUACAGAACAUUUAAUGCUAAAUAUUCCGAUGACACCACCACCAUAUUUUUAAAUUAUUAUCAGAUUCAUUUUAUACUUCUGAGCUGAACUCUGUAACAAACUAUUCAUACUUCUAAAUAUCUGAAAUAUGUUUUUCAGAAUUGAUACAGAAUGUAAAGUAAAAGAGUCGUCCUUAUAUAGUAACUAACCUUUUCACUGCUUCGGGUGAGGGGGGGGGGCUUGACUGUGCUCUUUGUGCUGGCAUCUCCACCUAAACUUAGUGCUUAGUAUUUCUACACCUAUUUUGUCGUAUUCCUUGUUUUAGAUUUUCACUCAACCAAUUAUUGUGUCUAUUAACAUUUCAUAUUAAUUGUAAAAAAUGAGACUGAAAUGAUUUUACUUAGCUUGCGAUUAAAAAAUAUUAUAAAGCAAAUUAAUUAUAAACGAUGAAAACUUCAUGAAUGUUCUAUUAUAACCAAAGAGAUUUCAGACUUCUAGUAAGAAUUUUGGAAACUAUUAAAGGUUGAUUUUUUAGUUGGUGAUUCUGUCUCUUACGUUCUUAAUUUAUUUAUAACACUAUACACUACACUUACUUGACCAAGUUAAAUAGUUCAUUUAAAUUCUUAGAUUUCUUUCUAUUUCGGGCGCGUUUUCGCCGAAUUUUAGAAUUACAAUAUAUCUAGGCAGGACCGGCUCUAGGGCGGAGAAACGUUCGUAACAUUAUGGUGCGCCAGACAUUUGUCUAGACCUACUUAAGUGUGGCGUAGCACGCUGGGGAAGCUCUAUUGGCUCGACUAUAGGAGGCAUCGCAGUGAAAAGUUUAAUAAAUAAAGUUAGAAAUGCCUUAGUGGUUCAGUGGUACACAACAAAAUUUUAUACAAACGACUUUUUACAAUUACAGGGAAAAUAUGUAAUUAAUGCGAAAAAUAUCUCUUUCUAGAUGUACAUUGCAGUUUUCUGAGUACCAGAAAUACUUGAAAUUUCGCCUUAUGUGCGUUUCAAACUAAUGCAUUUGUAGGUCGUUGGAAAUUUUCAUCAUAUUUCAAUAUAUGUUGAUUUUUAUAGGGAGAUCAUUGAAAAAAUUUUGUUUUAGUUUUGAUUCAGUUCCUAAGCAUUAAUACAAUUAAUAAUUCAAUUCCAGAUCUUAAAUUAUCGAAAUCUUUGUGGAAAACUGGUUCAAAAUACUUUUUCUAUCCAUGUUUAUAGUAUAUUAUAAAACAGCCUUACAGUUUUGAUUUUUUUUGAGUUUAAUAAACGAUCCACAUUUUAUCAAAACGUUUACAUGGAUUUUGAGAGCUUACCAUUUUGUAAAUUAUUGUAAUUGUGUAUUUAUUUAUUUUACUAGAGUUUUUAUACCGAUUUAGCUAUGUAGAUUAGACUUGAUAUAUACUCAGAGUAUUAUUUUUUAUUUAAAUAUUUAAGAAUAUUUCAGUUCGACAGUACAUUUGUGAUAUUGUUUGUUUUAAUUUUUUUAGUGAAGUUUGUUGUAAUAAAAAAAUUAUUCUGAUCUAUAUAUAAAAUCACAAUAAAAAUCUUCCGACAUU